GGGUUGGAUGACUCACAGUGUUAUGAUGCAGUUCCACAACACACAGCCACAUUUACCCACAGACCGAGGUACAGAGCAAGAGGCAACCUCUGCCCCCCAUCAGCUGUCCAGCCUGCAGUCCCAGACCUCAACCCCCCAACUACCCUCCCCCAAUCCCAUCCCCUUCCCAAUUGAAGGAGUCAACAGAGAAGAGAGAAGAGUGAACAGAGAGAUUGAAAGAGAUAGACGGAGAUCUCUGGAGCAGACCUCAAGGUGACUUCCAUUUCUAUCUGGUUCUCGUCUGGGGGGGCCCUGGCAGGGCAGCCCCCCCACACUUCUACUCUCCUGAAACACGGCUCUAGCCAAUCUGCUCCGCUGCUUUACCUGCGACCGUCUCUGUGGGGGCUGCACGGCACCAGCCCCUCCAGCCCGCCAGGGCAUCGUCCUCCAACCCGUCAUGCCCAGCUGUGACCCUGGCCCGGCCCCUGCAUGUUUACCUACCAAGACUUUCCGCAGCUACCUGCCCCGCUGCCACCGCACAUACAGUUGUGUCCACUGUCGAGCACACUUGGCCAAACACGAUGAGCUUAUUUCCAAGUCCUUCCAAGGAAGCCAUGGCCGGGCCUACCUGUUUAACUCCGUGGUCAACGUGGGUUGUGGGCCAGCUGAACAGCGCCUCCUGCUCACAGGACUCCACUCGGUAGCUGACAUUUUCUGUGAAAGCUGCAAGACCACACUGGGCUGGAAAUAUGAACAAGCUUUUGAGACCAGCCAGAAAUACAAAGAAGGGAAGUACAUCAUUGAGAUGUCACACAUGGUGAAAGACAACGGCUGGGACUGAGGGGCUCAGCAGUCUGUGACCCUCCUCCGCAUGCCCCACCCUCCUCACACCAGUCCCCUGGCCCUGCUGAGCAGCCCACACCAGCAUGAGUACUGCCCACCCCUGGGGAAACCUGGUUCCAAGUGACCAUGUCCUCCCUUCCCCGUCACAGCAGUACCAGGUUCUUUGGAACAGGAGCCUGGGAUACCCCAGGGGUGGUGAAGGCUCAGGAGUGGGUAGCAGUCAGGGAAAUACAGGACAGGGGAAGGAGAUUACUGUAGCACCAGAAACAAAAGUGAUGGCAGGGCGAAAACUCAGGCAGAUAGGACUAUGAAUUACCAAAUGUUGAGCAGCCUUUUUUUGAAUAAACAGGACAAACAUUGGUGGUGGGACUAGACCACAGAAGAGCAAAGAUGGAGUGAAAUUCUGGUCUCAGAUAUCAGGGCCCCAGAGUCUGAGGGUAGUUUAUCUACUCCCAUUCUUGGCUUAAAAAUAAGGGGGGGGACCAGGGAUGGGGCCAAUAAAAGGAAAAACACAAAUCCUAGACCCUGGGAAUCAGUUACAGGGGUUUCCAUUUCACUCCACUGUUUACCUUGGCACUAAAGAGGCACUUUCAAGUAUCUAAUCUUUGCCAUUGGGUGGGGUGGGAAAAGCUGCUCCAAGAACAGCCCCCACCCCAGCUGGCUGUUGCCAGAGAGAGCAGUCUUUACGGGCAUUCCCCAAGGGUCAGCCACUGCUCCCGAGGACCCAGUCCUCUGGAGGAGGCGAAUCAUCAGCGCUGAGGGACCAGUCUUUCCUGUGACUGCCACCAGCGAAUGAAACUUUUGUAUGAUACAUAAAGUGUUUGGGUCUAUUUUUAAUAAAAAGGGGAAAAGCAA